AUGUCUUACUACAAUGAUCUUAUUGUUAGUCCUCCGGGAAAAAAUCCUUCUUCCAACAACAUACUUGUACCCAAAUGGAAUCUUACCUAUGAAUCCUGCAUUUUCGGUCGAGAGGUUGCUAUGGAAUUUUGUCUCCAUGCUUUCCCUAAGGAAACUAUUACUGAGAUGGUUACAAACGAACAAACGGUUGAUUUCAUGGAGUUUUCUUCUACCCAAAGUGAAAAUUUUCUUGUUUUCGGAGCUCAACACAUCAGACGCCUUAAGAGUGUGAUAGUUAAACUUCGUUCCACUGAAAGGAACGCACAACUAUAG